AUGAACACAACCAUCAAAGGGGAUGGAUUCAUGCACCUUGUCAAGUGCAUCAUGAACAAGACAAGACAACCCGUGUUAUUCUAUCAACUGAACAUACUCAAUUAUCACUGACAGCAAGGAUGAGUAUUUAUCUACCAUGCCAUUCCAUACAUUGAUAACACACUAUCAACAACACAUAGACCGUAAACUAGACGAUAUAAAUCAAUUGGUAUCCAGAAUGAAUCAAGCAAGACAGGACAUGGCUUGUUAUUCUUAUAAAUUGGCUGAAUUGGACCAUUCUAUUGACUUGCUGAAAGAAAACACAAAUCCAUGGAGUGCAUUGGACCGUGUCUCAAGUGUCAAGCAUCAAUUGACUGAAUCCAUGACUGAAUUUCAUUCAGGACAAGCACGCAUGUCUCGGUUACAAGAGCGUGUCUCUUUACACAACUUGUUUCUAAAAGGAUCAAGGCAGCGAUAUGAACAAAUCAAAGCUAGGUUUCGAAAUCAUGUUUGGUAUCCUUGGUUUUAUAGUGUGCUUACCUGUAUGGUGGUCAUUUUCUUUUAAAGAAAACAGAACUGAAUUGAGCUUUGAUCAACUCAUACUGAAAAUGAAAAGCAAUCUACUUGAAUGGAUCAAGAUGUGAUACAAGUGGAUCCCAUACACGGAUCUCAAUCAAGAAUGCUUGUAUCAAUAGCGCUGAUUGUGAAGUAAGAAGCUAUGUCAUGGCUCACAGUAAAGGCACCAGCAAAAC